CCCUAACCAAACACUCAGUCUUCAUUCAGUGGCUUAAAGUAGACAAGUAUGUAUCUGUAAGACUUCGUGUGACUCAGAGAUAUGAACAAAUGUCAACUAGGGUAUAAAAGCAAACAGCACUUCCAGGUAGAGCUGAUUAGCUUGGAAUACGUAGAAACAUGAGGUGGGACUGUGUGCCGUAAACAGAAACAGACCGCCUCAUACAGGUAGGUGUUAAAUAUUUAUAUGAAAAUAAAUCAGCCCUAAUAAUCAAUCUUGAGGUGAGUGGAAAUAGUAAAUGUUCUGAAUAAUACCAAAGUACUGUCUGCAUUUAGGUAAAAUUCCUCACCAAUUAGUGGCAAAUACAUUGUUUUUGUGUUUUAAAGGGUAAAAGAUAUCAAAAGAAAACUCUUGAUUAUUGAAAGUAGCCACCAACUAACUGAAAAAUAAAGUUUUAAAAAAUGUUGCCUCCCCAUUUUAGUUUUUUUUUUUUUUUUUUUUUAAACAUACAGUUACUGAGGGAAACUGUUAAACAACCAGUAAGUGUGACUUUACUGUGAGAGUUGGAGUUUGUUGUUGGAUCCCAGCGUAGUCAGCAGGAGGAACCCGCCGCCGUUCCCAGCCCUGGAAACGUCUGUCCCCCCUCAGGCCUGAACACAAGCAGCAAAACUUAAAGCCGCAGUCGUGCGAUAAAGAUAAGACACUUUAUUGACUAAAAGUCUGCUGCUCAAAACCUUCAAUUUUCUUCAGAUGCGUAUUUGAGGAAAUACUGCAAGAAAUAUAGUAAAUAUUUUAAUUUAACUACUAUUUUUCUCGCUGAGGAAAGAGUGAGUGCAUUCUUCACCCGGCGUAGUUAAACUAACUCCUGCUAUCCAUCCACCGGUCUGUAGCAUCGCUCUGAGGAGGAUGGCUCCCCUUCUCACUUUAAUGUUUGAGAUGUUUCUUGCAUCAUCUUAUGUUAUCUUAAAGCUUCUCCUAUUAAAUCUGGACUUUGACUAGGCCAGAGCUUUCUAUUUCUUAACUUCAGCCCAUCUUUGGAGUUCACCUUCAUGUUUUUUACUGCUAGUCUAAUAAUAAUAAUAACAAUAAAAACAACCUCUGAUACAUGAUAGAAUGCUUGAUGGGUUCUAUGAUCUUUCCCAAACCAUGACACUUCCACUUCCGUGCUUUAUAGCUGCUGUGAGGUUCUUUUCUUUUCAAGCAUGUCCUCUUUUCUUGCGUCCUAAUGACUUUAAUCCCAUCUUUCCGAAGAACAUCAUUCCAGAUGUUCUGGUCUUUCUCUGCUCUCUCAACACUGGUCACUGGUGAGCCUUUUGUGCCUGGUUCUGUCCCAGUCAGGCCAGUCAUUCUGGUUGCUUAACUGGUUUUUCUCAGUGAGACAAUCUGUAUGUUUAAAAUGUUGCUUCAGACAUAAAUGCUAAAUAUCAGGAAAGCAUUUGCUAAAUGCUCUUGUUAAAUGCAGCUUCCUCUCUCGACCAAUCGCUCGCAGCCGUUUUAGCGAAACAUAUCUAAUAACGUUCUUUUCCCUCCCCAGCUUCGUAUUUGGUUGGAUUUUUAUCACAGAAGCUUAUGUUUUGUAUUUCAGACCAUUUCCCUCUUGAACAUUUACCUUCAUAACCUUCAAAACUGCCCAGUCCGCUGAUGGUUUCCACUGUGCCGUGAGCGAUGUGGAAAUGCAGGAACAUUACGACGAGUUCUUUGAGGAGGUGUUCACAGAGAUGGAGGAGAAGUAUGGAGAGGUGGAGGAGAUGAAUGUCUGUGAUAACCUCGGUGACCACCUUGUCGGCAAUGUCUAUGUGAAGUUUCGUCGUGAGGAGGACGCAGAGAAAGCGGUCAUGGACCUGAACAACCGGUGGUUCAACGCCCAGCCCAUCCACGCAGAGCUGUCCCCGGUUACCGACUUCAGAGAAGCCUGCUGCCGCCAGUACGAAAUGGGGGAAUGUACCCGAGGAGGAUUCUGCAACUUCAUGCAUCUCAAGCCCAUCUCACGGGAACUCCGUAGGGAGCUCUACGGCCGCCGCAGGAAAAAGCACCGCUCUCGUUCCCGCUCCCGAGAACGGCGCUCCCGCUCCAAGGAUCGACGGCGGGGUGAUCGCGAGAGGCGGAAGUCCAGGGACCGGGAGCGGUCCGGGAGGUUCUGAAAGAGGCCGAGACUGAUGCAUUCAAUCCCCUACUUCCUAACCCCAGCAAUGUUUUGUUUUUGUUUUUCUUUUUGUUUCGGUGAAUUGUUGAAACUGUUAUUUUUCUUUUACUCACUUUUUUUAAAAGACAAGCUCGUGUCGCU